AUGCCCACGGGGGAAGACGGGCAGUGGCAGUGGCCAUUUCCAGAUAGGGGUGACGGGCAGGGACGGUGUGCGCAGGGCCAUGUCCAGCGGGGGGUGACGGGCAGGGACGCUGUGCGCAGGGUCAUGUCCAGCAGGGGGGCCAUGCCCACGGGGGAAGACGGGGGAAGGCGGGCCAUGCUCACGGGGGAAGACGGGAAGUGGCGGUGUGCGCAGGGCCAUGUCCAGCGGGGGGUGAUGGGGGUGGCGGGCCAUGUCGAGCGGGGGCUGACGAUCAGUGACGGUGUGCGCAGGGCCAUGCCCACGGGGGAAGACUGGCAGUGGCGGGCCAUGCUCACGGGGGAAGACGGGAAGUGGCGGUGUGCGCAGGGCCAUGUCCAGCGGGGGGUGAUGGGGGUGGCGGGCCAUGCUCACGGGGGAUACGGGAAGUGGCGGGCCAUGUCCAGCGUGGUGGCGCUGGGCGCACACGUGGUGUGCAGCCGCAUCCCGGGGCUGACGGCGCGGCAGAGGGAGCUGUGCCGAGCCGCGCCGGACGCGCUGGUGGCCACGGGAGACGGCGCGCGCCUCGGCCUGCACGAGUGCCAGCACCAGUUCCGCCAGCGCCGCUGGAACUGCUCCGCCGUCGGCUCGCACCACGUGUUCGGCCACGUGGUCGUCGUCGGCAGCCGGGAGGCGGCCUACGUGUACGCCGCCACCAGCGCCGGGGUGACGUACGCCGUGGCGGCGGCCUGCAGCCGGGGCAACAUCUCGGCGUGCGGCUGCGACCGGCGGCGGCGGGCGGCGGCGGCGCGCGGCUGGAAGUGGGGCGGCUGCAGCGUGGACGUGGGCCACGGUGCCCGCUUCGCGCGCCGCUUCCUGGACGCGCGCGAGGUGGAGGGCGACGCGCGCAGCCUCAUGAACCUGCACAACAACCGCGCGGGCCGCAAGGCGGUGCGCGCGAGCCUGCGCACCGAGUGCAAGUGCCACGGUGUGUCGGGCAGCUGCACCAUCAGGACCUGCUGGAGGACGCUACCGGCCUUCCGUCAGGUCGGUGACCUGCUGCAGCGCAAGUACUCGCGAGCGCGCGCCGUGGCCGCGGCGGAGGGCGGCAAGGGCGGCAAGGGCGGCCUGAGGCUGGUGCUGCGGAGGCCAGAGGCCCGGAGAGGGGCUCGUGGGCCCAGGAAGGCGGACCUCGUGUACCUGCAGGAGUCGCCCAACUACUGCGAGCCUGACCUGGAGCGUGGCUCUCUUGGCACGCACGGUCGCCGCUGCAACAGGACCUCCCCAGGCCUGGAGGGUUGCAACUUGCUGUGCUGCGGCCGAGGCUACAACACGCACCAGUUCACGAGGGUGUGGCAGUGCCGCUGCAAGUUCCACUGGUGCUGCUACGUCAACUGCGACACCUGCCGCGAGGACGCGGAGGAGUACACCUGCAAGUGACCGGCGGUGUUCGACGAGCCCUCCUGCUGACGCGCCCUCACCCAGCCAAGCGCGGUGGACCUGGCGGAGGUGUUG